AUUUAUAAAUUACACUUAAAAUUCAGUUUAAGUUAAACCAUUGAAACCAAAAUUUAAAGUAUAGACGUGAGGAAUGGGAUCGAAAAAAAGAAAACACGAAGACAUAUCCGAUGAUGAUGAUAUUUUCAACUUGAUACUUUACAAGGAUGAAGAACAUGAGCAUGAUGAUAAAAUGAGAAUAUUCGAUGAAGAUCUAGAGCCAGAAGAUCCAUUGUAUCCUAUCUAUGAUCCAUUGAACAGGCCAAUUAAUAUUGAUGAUAGGCAACUGGAUGUAUUAGGUGCAUUGGGUCUAUAUAAUCCAGCAGUAACGCCAGAUCCAUUGGCGAAUCGACAACCACAGCCACUCGUUGAUUUAAAAAGUAAAAGUAUGAAAAAAUUCUUGGACCUAGAACGUACGAGGAAUCGUAACCAUUUACAUCGAUGUCUCUACGAGGGAUGUGGUCAAAGAUUUAGAAAUAUAACCGAUUUGCGUGAUCAUAUAAGAAGACAUCAAACCAAGAAAUCACGCAAAAUAAAAAAAAUUAAACGAAAAAGAUGAAUAUGAACGGGGAAGUAGAUAGCAAUAAUGAAAUCAAAUUUAAGUUAAUAAAG